UAAUUCUUUUUCAGGUUUUUCCUAAGUCAUGGCACCAAACUCUAAAAAACCGACAACGGAUCGACGACAAGUCAGCUUUCCCCAUUUAGAAUACCCGGUAACGCGCGAGGAGGAGCCCCGGACUCCUCAGCAGUGGCUGAAGGGCAAGCGGCUGCAGGACGGCGCGCAGGAUCUGUGGAGAAUACAUGACUCACUAUACGACUUGACCAGUUUUGUGGACGACCAUCCUGGAGGUGCACAGUGGAUCACAGUUACUAAGGGGACUGAUAUAACAGAAGCCUUCGAAACUCAUCACCUUAAAGGCCUAGCUGAAGAACACCUACCGAAAUACUUUGUCAGAAAAACUGACGCACCAAGAAACUCUCCGUUUACAUUCACCGAAGACGGUUUCUACAAGACUCUUAAGCUAAAGGUGGCUGAAAAGUUAAAAGAAAUCCCUAAGAGCGUCAGAAAGCGUAGUGACUUCGUCACCGACAACUUGUUGGCUGCUUUCGUGACUGUCAGUUCAUUGUCAUGUUGGAUGAUGAGUAGGAACAUUUGGGUUGGACUAGCUUUGAUCCCGGCUAGCGGUUAUCUUCUGUCAAGUCUCGUGACCUGUUCUCAUAAUUACUUCCACAGAAGGGAUAACUGGAGGAUGUACAUAUUCAACCUAAUAGGAUCGUCUUAUUCAGAUUGGCGCAUAUCACAUGCAAUGUCACAUCACAUGCAUACGAAUACUGCUCAAGACAUCGAGCUGAGUGUGUUAGAGCCUUUUAUGCUCUUCUUGCCGUACAGAACCAAGUCGUUGAUCGAGCAACUGGCUGCCUUGUAUUGGCCUGCAAUUUACUCAGUUGCAAUGGUGGUGCAAUUAGUGAAGGAAGUCAUAUGCUGCGCCGUAAAACUCGAAGGCAAGCAAUUAUCGUUAGCCAAUGCGAUUCCCUUCCUCGUGCCCAUUUGGAUGUGGUAUUUUGGAGGUCUCCCCCUGCACUGGACGCUGGCAGUCUGGGUUGCCACGCUGGUGGUCGCCAGCUUCCUCUUUGUAAUGUUCGGACUGACUGCAGGUCAUCAUGCUCAUGAGAACUUUUUCGAGGGUGACAAACCGAGGGCUGAGUACGUAGACUGGGGACUUCACCAGCUCGACACGGUGGUCGAGAGGAUCGACUACGCAGGCAACCACUUCAAGUCUCUCACGCGCUUCGGCGACCACUACCUGCACCACCUGUUCCCGACGCUGGACCACGCUGAGCUCAAAUACCUCUACCCCGUACUUUAUGAGCACUGCAGCAAGUACGAGGAACAACUGCGGACCUCGACGUUCUACAAAGCGUUGAUAAGUCACUGUAAGCAGUUAAUUAGAACCACGCCACAUGAUUUCACGGAAAAAAAUAGGAAGUGAGUUGUAUUGUUAUUAGGUAUGACUCUUACGUAUCUAU